AUGUUCAUUCCGCCAGAGCGCCUCGCCAAACGAGCGACUGCCGAGUCCGUCGUCGGCAUCGUCGUGCUGCUCUGCAUCAUCUUGGGAAUCGUUGCCUUUGCCUUUGUGAGCCAGAAAACACUCCGUAAGUUCUUGACACGAAAGAAGGCACGGCCGUUUUCUCGAGAACCCCGCCCACCACAGCCCGUGGCCACAUACAACCCCGGGCCCGUCCAGACGACACAGAAUACGGAGCUCCACACUGUCCAUACACCUCCUCCCAAAUACGAGCCUCCACCACCACCCCUUUCCAAGAGUCUCGCCGAAAGUCUCUCCGGAAGCGACUACAAGCACUACAACAUCAGUGAGCUUGCCAAGGAGAGAGAUUGUAUUGAAAGUUACGAUAAGGAAAGAGAUACCGGAGUUGUGGAUGAAGACAAACUUCUAGACAGCUUGGAAAACGAUCUCAGAGAAGGAGGAGCCAUUGUGGACUGGCACUGUUGCGACAUUUUCCCCAAAAGGUUGAUUGAUCUUGUGGUUGUUCUUCGGACCGAUAACUCCUUAUUGUAUGACCGUUUGAAGGCCAGAGAGUACAGCGACAAGAAAAUUGAUGAAAACAUUGACUGUGAAAUCAUGGAAGUCAUCUUGAACGACGCCAAUCUGGCCUACAACAAGGAGAUUGUCAUUGAGUUGAAGUCCAAUAACGAGGAGGAGAUCAAGGAUAAUCAGGCAAGAAUUGAAGCAUGGAUAGAAGCCUGGAAGAAGGACCACGAGGAUGGUGCCACCAAUGAAAUCAGUGAGUUUUAUGCUGAUGAAAGUGAAGUUGAUGGAGAGGAGGAUUCUGAAGAUUCUGAGGAAAAUGACGAUGAUGAAGAGGCUUCUGGUCUGGAGAGUGAAGAGGAAUCUCCUGAUGAGUAUGAAGAUGAGGAGGACGAGGAUGAGCCAGCUCCUAAGAAGAGAAAAAAUAACUGA